UUUACUUUUUAAUGUAAAAAAAUUAAAUGACAUAUGUGGCUUGCAUUAUUUUUCUGUUGGGCAGAGCUGCUCUAACCCCCUUCUCCAUCUGUAUAGGCUUUGGGACUAGAAGGAUCUGAACUGUGGUUCCAGCUGUACCACUUGAUAGCUGUGUGAUUUGGGGGCAGAAAAUGAAGUCCCAAGACAUCAAGAAGCUGUCCUGCUCACCCAGAGCAGCAGAGCCAGAGUGAAGCCAAGUCCUGCCUGCUGUCAAGCCCCUCCACUUCCCCGUUCCUGAACUUCCAGACUCUCCCACAUCCCAGGAAGUCUGUUUCCCUCUGUGUCCACAAUUUGUUGAUGCCUGCAUUUAAGAGCGCCCACCCUCCAGCCCCAUGGCGUCCUGCCCCGUCCUGCACAAGGAGACUGUGUUCCAGACCGGAGCCCACGCCUACAGAAUCCCCGCUCUGCUCUACUUGCCUCAGCAGAAGACCCUGCUGGCCUUUGCGGAGAAGCGGGCGAGCAAGAAGGACGAGCACGCGAAGCUGAUUGUCCUGCGCAGGGGAAGCUACGAUGCGUCCACCCGCCAGGUCCGGUGGCACCCGCAGGAGGCGGUGGCCCAAGCCCAGCUGGAGGGCCACCGGUCCAUGAACCCCAGCCCCCUGUAUGACAAGAAGACGGGGACCCUUUUCCUCUUCUUCAUUGCCAUCCCCGGGCAGGUGUCUGAGCACCACCAGCUCCAGACCAGGGUCAACUUGACACGGCUGUGCCAGGUCACCAGCACAGACCAUGGGAGGUCCUGGAGCCCCGCCAGAGACCUCACGGACUCCGUCAUUGGCCCGGCCCACAAGGACUGGGCCACUUUCGCGGUGGGCCCGGGCCACUGCCUGCAGCUGCACAACCAGACGCAGAGCCUGCUGGUGCCAGCCUACGCUUACCGCAACCUCCCCUUUCCGCGGGCACCCGCCCCCUCCGCCUUCUGCUUGGUCAGCCAUGACCACGGGCACACGUGGGCACGAGGCAGCUUCGUGGCCCUGGACACCCUGGAGUGCCAGGUGGCCGAAGUCGGAGAUGCAGAACAGAGGGUGGUGUAUCUGAACGCGAGGAGCCGCCUCCAAGCCAGGGUCCAGGCCCAGAGCACCAACGGCGGGCUCGAUUUCGGGGAGACCCAGCCAGUAAAGCAGCUCGUGGAGCCUCCGCACGGCUGCCAGGGGAGCAUCAUCAGCUUCCCCAGCCCCCGAGGGGGGCCGGACUCCCCACACCAGUGGCUGCUCUACACCCACCCGACUGACCCGAAGCGAAGAUCCAACCUGGGCGUGUACCUGAACCGACAGGCCCCCGCGCCCUUGGCCUGGUCAGAGCCCGCCCUGCUGGCCACGGGCAGCUGCGCUUACUCAGACCUCCAGAGCAUGGGCGCCGGCCCCGACGGGUCACCCCAGUUUGGGUGUCUGUAUGAAUCAAAUGAUUAUGAGGAGAUUGUCUUUGUCAUGUUCACCCUGAAACAAGCCUUCCCAGCUGCAUUUUUGCUGCAAUGAGCCGUGAGCCCUCUGCGUGCUGCCCAAGGAGGGAGCUCCCCUCUGCCGGGCUGGGGGUUUCCUUCCUCCAUGCCCCCAUCCCACCCCCUACCCCGGCACCCCCUGGCCUUGGGAGGCAGCCUUGCAUGCUGUUCCCUUUGCUGAAAGCCCGUGCCUGCCUCUGGGCUCCUCUCCUCCUGCGAGGUCUCAGCAGGAGAAUCUAUUUUCAGCCCAGACCCUGAAGGAACUGGCUUCCUGGAGCCCCUUGGCUCAGUCUGCUGCUCCCCGCAGUGACCCAGCCCUUCUGCAGCUCUUGAUAAAUGAUCUAGAUCAGCCCGUUUCUUCUUAGCAAAUGCUCGGCACGUUCCUGGACAGAGAUGUCACUUAGCAGACACAUACAUGUCUGUCUGUCUGUCUGUCUGUCUGUGUGGGUCUGAGCAAUGCUUGAGAGCAGGGAGCUUGGGGACAGCUUUGCAGGGAGGUAAGGCAGGGUCUUGGAAAAUUAAAUGGGUUUAAGUCAUUGGGUUAGUUUCCUGGAGCUGCUGCAACAAAUUACCACUGACUUAGUGUCUUUUUUUUUUUUUUUUUUUCCUUUUGACUUAGUGUCUUAAGACAGCAGAAAUUUAUCCUCUCAUUGUUCUGGAGGCUGAAAGUCCCAAAGCAAGGUGCCAGGGCUCUGGGGGAGAGUCCUUCCUGGCCUCAUCCGGCUUCUGGUGGUCCUGGGCCCCCUCGGCUUGUGGCUGCAUCACUUUCACAUCUGCCUCUGUCUUUGCGUCCAUUUCUCCUCCUCCUCUGCCUUCUCUUCUGUCUCUUAGAAGGUCACUUGUCAUUGGGUCUAAGACCCACCUGGAAAAUCUAGGAUGGUCCUUCAUGUAGUUCCAUCUGCAAAGACUCUUUUCCAGAUAAAGUCACGUUCACAGAUUCUGGGGUUAGGACAUGGAUCUACCUUUUUGAGCCACUACAGCCACAGUGUAUCAUUCUUCUGUAGGUGAUGUGGCUACAGGUGGGAAUGAAAUGCCAAUGAAUCAGGUAAUUCAAAAGAAUGGAGGGGGCCGGAGGUUUGGGCUGUUGGAUGUGCAUCUGUGGCGCGGAGCUGGUCUGGAGCAUUCGUCUUUGGGGUGACAGGUGUGCCACCAUGUGGAGGCUGGGAGAGAAGCGGGGGAAGGGAGCUGUGCUUGUGUAGCUCUUACGGGAAGAGCAGGAGAAGGCUGCCCCCCCACCCCCCGUCUUGAGACACCCUGAGAGAGGGCCCAGCUGGGGUGGAGGAGGCUGACUCCUCUCUGAGCUCCGGGGUCUUCAGGGGCCUUUGUCACUUGUCCCCGUGGAAGAGAGGGCUUGUGCCCCCGCCCCCAGCAGAGCCCCACUCUUUGAUCCAUCAGAUCAAUGUAACAGUUGAUGGCAGGGGCCCAGUGAUAGCGGCCACGGGUUCUUGGGGCUGCACCGUGCCUCCGUGAGGCCAGGCAGCGCUGAGAUGGAUCCUUCACAGUGUGGGAGCUGAAGAUGUGGCUUUGGUUCUGGGUGCGGUUCCCACACUGGCCUCCUGGUGCUGCUUCUCUGGGUGGGAUUUUAAGAAAUCCAGCUGGAAGGAUGAGGAAAUAGGGCCUGGUCAUUGCUGGGGUGGAAAGUCAGGCCCCUUGGUUUCAGGGGUGCUCACCUGGAAUCCUCCAAACCCCGCAAAGGUGGCAGUAAGUGUGUGGGGGGGGGUGGAGGCCAAAGCAGGAGGGUGAGGAUGAGGGCAGGCAAGCCAGGGGCAGGGUGCCCUCCAGAAGCUUGAAGGUAGGGCAGUACGCUACCUCAACUGGGGCUCUUUCGAGCGUGGAAGGAGGAUGCUGGGAAUAGUUAUACCAUGGCAGUGGGCAUUAACCAGGCUCUACCAGGUACACCCAAGGUUUAAUUCAGAAAGACCCAUUGAAGAUUGUGCCCGGGGCCGGCCUCUGUCUACUCUCCUGCAAGAGUCAGUCACCUGCCAAAGUCUUGAGAAGAGGCAGGGAUAAAAUGGAGCAUCUGGCUACUGCCAAGCAAACAUCACUCUCUUAAGCUCCCUCCUUUCACAGAGGUCAGUGGGCCUCAAAUCCAACUGCUUAUUCGAAUUUUCUGGGGAGCAUUUAACCAUGCUGAUGCCCAGACAUGGGUAUUUCUUCAAAAGCUCCUCAGGUUAUUCUAGUGGACAUAAAGAUCAAGACCCACUGGCACAAAUGGUUUCUAAAGUUCCUUCUUGUUCUAAAUGUAUACCAACGCCAAAGUCUUCUGAGUUGAAAUUUUUUUUAAAAAAAAUAACAGUUGAUGUGGAUAAAGCUGAGCUGAUCAAAAGAGAGUCGGAAAAGAAAAGUCAUAAAUGGGGAGAAGAUAUUUAGGAUAUAUAUAUAUAUCUCACAAAGGGCUUAUUUCCAGAAUAUAUAAAGAGCUUCUACAAAUCAAUAAGAAAAUCCAGUUAAAAAUGGGCCAAAGGCUUGAACAGUCACUUCACCAAAGAGGAUGUCUUAAAGGCUGUCAAACCCAUGUCAUCCAGGAAAUGCAAAUUAAAACCAUGACAUACUUAUCACUAGAAUGACGAAUAUUAAAAGGAUUAAUAACAGCAGGUAUUGGCAAGGUUGUGAAGUGACCACUCAGACAUUUCUGGAAGAAGUGUAAUCCGAAUAUCUUCUUUGGAGAGCUGUUUGGUAAUAUCUGCUCAAACUGAACAUGAAAUAACUACUCUAUGAUCCAGCAAUUCCACUCUGAAGUAUAUUUCUCAGAGAAAUGAACACAUACAUCUGCCAAAGACACGUAUGCAAAUGUUCAUGGCAGCUUCCUUCAUGGGAGUCCCACACUGAAAACAACCCAACUGCCAAUCAAAAAUAGAAUGGACAGCUCAGCUGGGGAAUAGUACACGAUAAAAGAAUGAACUACUGCAUGCAAUUGCAUGGAUGAUUUUUCAGACAUUGUGUUGAGUGCAAGAAGCCAGACUCCAAAGAGUACUUAUUUUACGAUUCUAUUUAUACGAAAUUUAAGGACAAGCAAGACCAAUCUAUGCUAUAUAAACCAGCUGUGCCCUAGGAAGGGGGUAGAAGGAAACUUCUGGAUGCUCGUGACAUUCUCUUGUUUGAUCUGGUGCUGGUUAGGUGGGUGAUUCCAUAAGUUAAAAACCUAAUGAGCUGUGAAUAAGAUUUGUGCGCCCCAGUCUAUGUGUGUUAUACCUCAAUUAAAAAAAAAAACAUAAACAUUGAACUGAAAAGUGGAUUUGCUAGUUAAACCUCCCAAUCACUAUAUUGCAUUGGGUUGUAAACACUUUGGAACUGAAUUUCUUUUUCUCCCCCCUCCUCCUUUUUUUUGCCACAC